ACAAUACCUCAAACAAAAUGGAUUCCUUUGUCUUCAACUUCAACCAAAUAAGAGAGAUCACUGUGACAUUGUGAACGGAGUAGAGUGGACGUGAUAGAUUUGGUGAUUGUUAAUUAGUCGGGGUGACGUUUUGUGUGUACCGCAUAGUGUUAUUUUGUAAUCGUAUUUCGUAUUAAAUUAUGGUUUCAUUUAAUUUACAGUUGUAAUUGUGGUAGAGUAUUGUAAACUUUUGAAGCAGAUCGUCUGUAAUUUCCGAAAUGGCUGUAUCACUUUCAAGCAUUUUGCCAGCUCCAUCUCAGCCUGUUUGGGACCGGGACGAUGAACGGGCAAAGUCUCGGCCUGUUACUGCCCUCGUAUCUGCCAGUCCUACAGCCCCGCCAUAUGGACAACGGAGGGGUUGGAUACCAAGAAGUCAAGAGGACUUCGGAGAUGGCGGUGCUUUUCCUGAGAUUUCCGUAGCCCAGUAUCCUUUAAACAUGGGGCGAGAAAGCAAAGAAUCGUCCUCCAAUGCAAUCGCAGUUCAGCUGGAUGCUCAGGGGAAAGUGAAGUAUGAUGUGAUUGCACGACAAGGUCACUCAAAAGAUAAGAUAAUUUACUCCAAACUAAGUGACUUGCUGCCAGCGGAAGUAACAACAGAAGACGACCCCUCACUACAGCGACCAGAUAGCAAUGAGAUCGACGAAACCACUGAGAAAACUAGGCAAGCCUUAGAACGUCUUACCAGCAGCAAGAUAGCAGCUGCUAUGCCUGUCCGAUGUGCCGAUAAAGUUGCUCCAGCCCAGUACAUUCGCUACACACCGUCACAGCAAGGGUCUGCCUUCAAUUCUGGGGCCAAGCAGCGUGUCAUACGAAUGAUAGAGGCCCAGAAAGAUCCCAUAGAACCUCCAAAGUUCAAAAUCAACAAAAAAAUACCUCGAGGUCCACCCUCCCCGCCAGCACCAGUCAUGCAUUCCCCAACAAGAAAAGUAACUGUAAAAGAACAGAAAGAAUGGAAAAUUCCACCCUGCAUAUCAAACUGGAAAAAUGCUAAGGGAUACACAAUUCCUCUGGACAAAAGGUUGGCAGCUGAUGGAAGAGGACUGCAACAAGUUCAUAUCAACGAGAACUUUGCCAAACUGGCAGAAGCUUUGUAUAUUGCUGACAGAAAGGCUCGUGAAGCUGUAGAAACCCGAGCACAGUUGGAGAAGAAACUUGCUCAGAAGGAGAAGGAGAAAAAGGAAGAGCACUUGAGACUGUUGGCACAGAAGGCGAGGGAAGAGCGAGCUGGUAUUCGAACAACUGCAGCCUUAGAAAAAGAUGAUGAACUGCGUGAGCGGGACCAGAUGCGCUAUGAGAGGCAUAAGGACAGAGCAAGGGAGAGGAACCUGGCCAGAGCUGCUCCUGAUAAAAGGUCCAAGCUGCAAAGAGAUAGAGAGCGAGACAUCAGUGAGCAGAUAGCGCUGGGAAUGCCAGCCAAGACGAUAACAGGUGGAGAGGUGCAGUUCGAUCAGCGAUUGAUGAACACGACGAAGGGAAUGGAUUCAGGCUAUGGGGACGACGAGGCAUACAACGUCUAUGACAAACCAUGGCGUGACACCAACUCGCUUGGACAGCACCUGUACCGCCCAUCCAAGAAUGUAGACAAGGACAUUUACGGCGAUGACUUGGAGAAGAUUGUAAAGACUAACCGGUUUGUGCCAGACAAGGAGUUCAGUGGUACGGACAGGUCGGCGGCUCAGGCUGGCAGGAGUGGUCCUGUGCAGUUUGAGAAAGAGGAAGAGGAUCCUUUUGGCCUGGACCAGUUCUUGACGCAGGCCAAGCGGUCUUCAAAACGUCCCAACUAUGAGAGAGAACGCAAGGAUGACAAGAGAAGGAGGCACUAAAGGACUACCAGUCACUUCGGCUAUUUGUCUUCGAGGGCUGUUCAGCAUCAGCAAGACUGAAAAUAACCUCCAGUUUACAAAUAAGUUAACGUAGACCACUUACUACAUUUUAAGUUCUGUUAAAGAUUUGUAUAAAUAAUGUGAACAGUUUAGCCAGAAAUGAAAUAAAUUGAGUAAUUGUAUAGGACUGUACGUUUAGCACAUUUGUGUCUUGUAAUUUUUAUCUUUUAAAUAUAUUAUACAAAGUACGGGAUGAACCCAGUAUUUGAAAUUACAAAGUAAUCUCUAAAUACAACACUCACAGUAGAAUGCAUUCUUUCUUCUGUAAAUUAAUAAAUUCUGUAAGAUAAAUUCUUUUAUAAUUUAUAUACUCAGCCAACAACAAAAGAUUAAUUCUAUUGAAUAUUUCAAUACUGUACUGUAUGAAUAUUUAUUUACUGGCUUAUUGUGUAGAUAAUGAUUGUAGAUAUCAUUUUGAGUUGAAAAGUGUUUUUGAUUAGACUAAUAAACACAGUGCCAAACCAAUAUAUUUUACUUAAUUAUUUGGAAAUUAGUUGCUCACAUUUUCUGGUAUAGCUGAUACAUAAAUGACAUUUGUUGAAAUUAAUUUGAAAAUUGUGUAAACUGGCAGAGUUAAGGCUGCAACUUUCUUUUGUAUACUAAGACACCACUAUAUAGCUUACUACAUCCAUUGCUAGUUAUCAGUUUCGUUAAGAAAAAUCGGUUUUGUCGGAAACAAGUGUUUAAUAGACUGGAAGAGAAAUUGGAAAACAUUGUAUAGUGAAAAAAGGAUUUAGUUUUUGUUAUAUUUAUUACUGUUUAAAUAGUGCAUGAUUUGAUGGAAGUAUGGAAUGUACAAGUUUUGUUGUCACUACUGCUGCGAACAUUGUACUGCAUUUGAUGCAUUUUUGUUUAAUGAUUGUUUAUGCCAGUUAUUAGUUCCAUAAGAGGGUAUAAAUAUUUUAUUUAAAAAAAUUUCAAAUAUUAACCACCAUUAGAAUGGAAUUAAACCUUUCCAUUUAUUGUAAGAAGUGUACAGUUGUGUUAUUCUAAUGUAAAUCUGUUUUAUUUUUCUUCAUUUUUAGUAAAUACUUUGUAAUAUGA